AUGGCGGCGGCCGGCGGCAGCAGCAGCAAGAGGACGUGGGUGGUGGACGUGGAGAAGAAGCUCAAGGAAGCCGACAAGUCGGCGGAGGUGUCGCGGUGGGAGCGCCACUGCAUCUACCAAGUGCCGCCCUGCAUGACCAACAUCAAGAGCAAGGCCUACCAGCCGCAGGUGGUGUCGCUCGGCCCUUUCCACCACGGCGACCGCGACCUGCGCCCCAUGGAGGAGCACAAGCACCGGGCGCUGCGCCAGCUGCUCCUCCGCGCGAACCGGCCGCUCGACGACUUUGUCGCCGCCGUGGAGGAGGUGACGGAGGAGCUGGAGGGCGCGUACAUGGACCUCGACAACGAGUGGCGUGCCGACGGCGGGGGCAGGGACCGGUUCCUGGCCAUGAUGAUCUUCGACGGCUGCUUCCUGCUGGAGGUGAUGAGGUGCACGGCCGCAGACGGGAAGCAGGUCGGCGACUACGCGCAUAACGACCCGAUCUUCAGCCCCCACGGGAUACUCUACAUGGUGCCCUACAUCCGGCGAGACGUGCUCAUGCUCGAGAACCAGCUACCGCUGCUCCUGCUUCAGAAGCUCGUUGAGGUUGAGAGCGGAAAGCCUCAGAGCGAAGACUUCAUCAACCGAAUGGUGCUGAAAUUUCUGGCCCAAUCAUCUGGGACACUACCAGCAGGCAUCGGCCUAGGGCUCCACCCGCUGGAUGUCUUUCGCCGGAGCAUGCUCACUGGUAAGCACCACAAAAUUCGGAGCCCCCAGGACAUUGAGGACGACAACGCUAUCAUCCGGUCAGCAGUGGAGCUCUACGAAGCUGGGAUCCAGUUCAAGCCGAGCAAGACGCUGAGCCUGCACGACAUCCGGUUCCGGCGCGGCACGCUGAGCAUGCCGACGGUGUCGGUGGACGACUCCACGGAGUACAUGUUCCUCAACAUGAUGGCGUUCGAGCGGCUACAUGCUGGAGCCGGAAAUGACGUGACUGGCUACGUCUUCUUCAUGGACAACAUCAUCGACUCGGCCAAGGACGUGGCGCUGCUGAGCUCCAAGGGCAUCAUUCAGAAUGCCAUCGGCAGCGACCAGGCCGUGGCCAAGCUGUUCAACACCAUUUCUAGGGACGUGGUGCUCGAGCCCAACAGCGCCCUCGACGCCGUGCAGCGGCAGGUGAACGGCUACUUCCGGCAGCCGUGGAACAUGUGGCGCGCCAACCUCAUCCACACCUACUUCAGGAGCCCCUGGGCGUUCCUCUCCCUCGCCGCCGCCAUCUUCCUCCUCGGCAUGACCAUCAUGCAGACCGUCUACACCGUGCUGCAGUUCUACGGGGGCGACAGCAACAGCCCACCGCCAUCGGCACCAUCUCCCAUGUGA